AUGACUGCUGCUGUAACAUAUCAAAAUGUUGAAUAUGUCAAGGGGUAUGAAUACUUUCUGAAGGCACUGUUUUCCCCCCUAAUUCUUAUUGUGUCCCCCUCAGAGAAUCUAGCCUCCGGUGGAAUAGCAGUCCAUUCCUCCCAGUACGACAGCCACGGUGCUGCCAGCAAUGCCAUCGACAGGAAGCGUAACCCACUGUACCAUGCUGGCUCCUGCAGCCACACGGAGGCAGAGACCAACCCCUGGUGGAGAGUGGACCUAUUGGACACAUACCAAGUCACCUUUGUCACCAUCACCAACAGAGGGGACUGCUGUCUCCACAGGAUCAACGGGGCUGAGAUCCGCAUUGGAAACUCCCUGGAGAACAACGGCACGACCAAUCCACUGUGUGCUGUGAUCUCCGAGAUGAGAGAAGGGCAGCCAAUGGAUAUUCCAUGUAACAUUGUGUCCCUCCAUGUCACUAUCGUUCUCCCAGGCAGAGAGAAGUACCUGGCACUGUGCGAGGUAGAGGUGUACGGGGAAAGUGAUGACCCUAACCAAUCCGAAAUGACUCAUUUUACAGGAAAGUCCAAAUAAGGCCAGCAUACUACUAUGAUUAUUAUUAUUUGACCAUGCUGGUCAUUUAUGAACAUUUUAACAUCUUGACCAUGUUCUGUUAUAAUAUCCACCCUGCACAGCCAGAAGAGGACUGGCCACCCCUCAUAGCCUGGUUCCUCUCUAGGUUUCUUCCUAGGUUUUUGGCCUUUCUAGGGAGUUUUUCCUAGCCACCGUGCUUCUUUCACAUGCUUUGCUUGCUGUUUGGGGUUUUAGGCUGGGUUUCUGUACAGCACUUUGAGAUAUCAGCUGAUGUACGAAGGGCUAUAUAAAUAAAUUUGAUUUGAUUUAGUUACCAUCUAACUGCAUAAUUACAUCAGAAUCACAUAAUAUUUUGAGAAGUGUGGAGAAAGUCACUCACUAUUUCUUGUCAUAACCCAGUGGAACCUCAAAUUGUUUUCUUUGUUGAAGGCGGACGCUGUAUUAUAGCCAAAUUAUAAACAGUCAGAUUUGUAUUCAGGUGUGUAUUCUAUUAAUAAAGGCUUGUUACUGUGAA